CCCAGGUUGAGAACCACUGGUCUAGUAAGCAUUAUAUAAAAUUGAUUGAAUAAGUUCAGUUGCAUCCUUAGCCACAGUACUACUUGUAUUUGUCCAUCCUCAGUAGCUCAUUGCCUUCUACCCAGGAAUCUCAUCUCAUGUUCUGAUAAUGAUCAGUUUUUUUAUUGUCUCAUCAUAAGGGUUUUCUCCUUUCAAAAGGAGAGGCUUAAUGUGCCUCUACCUAUGUAAUAAGUGUUAAUUAUGGUGCAACUGCUAUUGUCUCUAAGGCACACUUGUCAACAGGCUGAAGCCAGCCUGCCACAUCCUUUUUUGUGGCCCAAGAGGCUUUCAAUGCCAGAGCAACAAACAUUUAUCCAGUCUUACAAAUAUAAAUGAUGCCUUGAAGACAACCAUAAGGCUGAUGCGAUCCAGCUGUAAGGGAUCCACCACCAGUGCCUGCCCCCUCAAUGUUGCUGUCUAGCAGCUGUUAGGCCCAUGGAGUCUGGUUCCUUAUCAAAAGCCUGUUGACAUGGGAGAUCACACCAGCAGACUGUUACUGCCGGCACAGUCUCUUACUUUACAGAAGUAUGAAAGAGUAAAAACAUGAUUCUCGAUCAAGCAUACAAAUAUAUAACUGAAAUGAAGAGGCAAAAUGAUGAACUUCUCUUGAACGGAGGAAAUAAUGAGCAAGCUGAAGAAAUAAAAAAGCUGAGAAAGCAGCUGGAUGAACUCCAGAAAGAAAAUGGGCGCUUUAUAGCAUUAUUGAAAGCCAAUGACAUUUGUCUUUAUGAUGAUCCUACUAUCCACUGGAAAGGAAAUCUGAAAAAUGCAAAAGUUUCUGUCGUUAUCCCAAAUGAUCAGGGACAAAAGAAGAAGGGAAAUCUGAAAAGUGCAAACAUUUCUGUUGUCAUUCCCAAUGAUCAAUUGCAGAAGAAUAUAAUUGUAUAUUCUAAUGGCAGUCAGCUUAAUGGAAGUAAUCAAGGCGCUUCUAUCCAGGGAAUAACUUUUAAUAUCAGUCCGAAUUUGCAGAAGCAGACUGCAAAUGUUGUUCCUGUCCAGAGAACAUGCAACCUGGUUACCCCUGUGAGUAUUUACUCCACAGAAAUGAAGUCAGGGAGUCAAUUCUCGGUUUCACCAUUGGCUCCAGCCAUGUCAAAUCCAGCCAAGGAAAUUCUUGAGCACUCUGCCUCUGAGAAUGAGCAGAAUGUAUCUGUUUGUACUACUGCCAGCUCAGUGAACGUCUUGCCUGUCAUGAGGAUACAGCCUGAAAUGCCAAGUUCAGCACAAGAAGAAGAUAUCUCCAAAUCUAAAAAUAGACAGGAGAGCUUUGGGACUAUUGAACAUGUGGGCGUGCCCAACAGCAUCCUUCCUUCUAAUGCUACUGUGAACCUAUCUCACUCUCAGCUGGCAGAAACAGCUUCUAAAGAAGAUUCAGGAAAUGGGCCCCUAGAAAGCUGUAGCAUUUCGACACCUGAGGUCAUUUGUACCCCACUGGUUUAUGAAAAGCCACCGACAGAAAAGAAAAUCAGUAUCAGUGAGGCACCUGCAGCAGACAUCUUGAAGCCGGGAAUAGAAACCCACACAUUACCUGCUACUACCUUAUCUAAGUGGCCUUUCCCCAGUUCUAGUGUUGGUUCUCCAGGCUCAAAAGGUCUAGGAGGCCUGGCACGGAUCACCUCAGCUGGUAACACCCAGACCACCUGGACUACUUUGCAGCUAACAGGGAACACUGUUCAACCUGUAAACCAUACUCUACCCAACAUUAUGACAGCCCUAUUAAAUGAGCCAGUUAGUGAUGCUAAUACUAUAGCUCCUACUCCUAGCAGGAUUUUGGCAACUACUACUGGAUUUAAUAAUCUUCAGCCUGCAGAAGAACAGACAGCUGAGCAAAUCAUGGCUGCUUUGCCAUCCUACCCAUCCUUACCUAUGCAGCCAUUAGUCACCAAAGCACAGGUUGUAGCUCAACCUGCAGGUGGCCUUCUUUCUCUGAAUUCAGCUAUGCAGGUGAUCCAGAUGCCACAGCCAGUAGGUCCACCUGUUGCUGUGCCACCUGCUAAUCAAAAUGUGGUUAUUCUGCAGCCACCCAAUGCCAGCCCCUGUCCACCAGUGUUAAGGACUGACCUCCCCAAUCAGACUGUUAGCCAACAAAUUGUAAUUAUACAAACGGCUAACCCAAAUCCUCUCUCCCUGUUUUCUGCCCCACCUCCUGCCAGAAUGCCUAUGAAUGGAGCUUCGCUCCUAACAAAUGUUGGCAAUUCUAUGCAAAAUUCCUCUAGCCCUCAGAUGUUUGGGGGGAAGCAUCUUGUCCAUAUUUUACCAAGACCAUCCUCUUCUUCUCCAUCUUCUGGCUUGACACAAACAGUUUCAGUUGCAAUGUCUAACCAACAGCUUCCACAAACUAUUUCUUUAAACGGGCAGCUGUUUGCAUUGAAGCCUGUGAAGUCCUGUUCUGGAAAUUCAGACCAAAUCCCUAUGCAAAUUAUUCAGCCUACUACCAGUGAAGAUCCAAAUACCAAUGUUGCCCUCAAUACAUUUGGUGCUUUAGCUAAUCUCAAUCAAAGCAUAUCACAAAUGGCUGGGCAGAGCUGCCUGAAGGGAUCAGCCUAUCAGCCUGUCAAUCCAUCUGCAGUUAGCAGCCAAAGCACACCAAGUAAGCCUGUAUUGCUGCCAUCCGCAACUGUGCCCUCCUCAACCAGUGAGAGCUCUGUAUUAAUUAGUGUUUCACAUUCAGAAGAGACUGUACCCCAAAAAUCAUCUCUUCGUUUAAGUGCAAAAUGCUCUAACAAAAAUCCAAGUACUAGAAAAUGCUCGAUGUCUGGCAAUAAUCUUGCAUGCCAAAUGAAUUCUUCCAAAGAUUCGAAGAAACUUAAUAAUGUGAAUGCGGAUGCUCCAUGUGAAAAUUCAGUAAGUGACAGUUUGCUUGAAAAUAUUCCUGCUAAUGCUUUACAGAACUUUGUCUUGCCACAAACAGAUGGCAGGAUCUCAUCUAAUGAUGCAAAUGCUUCUGAGUCUCAGUCCAAAGAGGGACUGAGAGUUGAACAACAUGUAGAAUCUGUUCUGUCACCUGACUUGAAUGCAACUGUUAUGCCUCAGUCUUUGCCCCUCGUAUCAUCAUCAUCGGGACAGUUUGAAGGAGUUGUUCCUGUUUCCACGGUCUGUGAUUCUCCACCACUGCAAACUUGCACAGUCCAAACCCAUUCAGUAACAAGUUCAGAAUUAUCAGAAUCAUCCAAAUGUAUUUCGAACAGCCCCUUGCCAUCUUCUUCUUCUAUCUCUCAUUUGACAGUUUCUCAGACUUCUGUGACAUCUGUGACAAAUGGAGGCAUAAGUGCAGAGAAAAUUCCCAGAACAGAUGUUUCGGAUAUCUGUAGAGCAGAGCAAAAUUGUUCCAUAGUAAUGCAGGCCACAGAUUUGUUGGAAGAACAAGGCCUAACUAAGAUACUCUCUGAUUUUAGCAAAGUGGGGGAGGUUGUGGAAAAGAACUUUUCAGUAGAGCAUACAGGUUUUUGCACCCAAGGGACUAAAUCAAUUCUAGAUUCAAGUGAUGAAUUAACAGGAAAGGAGGAGGGCCUCUUGCUGAUGAAUACUGAAGAGGAGAAUCUUGCUCAGACUCAUUCCUGUCCCUCUGAACAGGAAACUGUUGCAGCCAACAGGCAAGCAGACUCUCCCAUGUCUACUAGCUCAGGCAGCAGUUGUGGUUUCUCGGUAGCCUCCAUGUUGCCAGGAACUUGUAGGGAAAGUGUGCCUAAUAGCACUUUGGUGAAUACAUGUAACAACUGUACAUUUUCAGAGCAAACAGAUAUUGUUGCACUUGCAGCAAGAGCCAUUUUUGACCAAGAGACACUGAUAAAAGAAACAAGAACACCUGCUUCCAAAGCCAAUGAUGUGGGAAGAGAGCAAUCUUUGAAGUCCCACAUAACUAAAAAUGUAGACCAAAUAGAAAUAGCACCAAACAACUUUAAUACUCAGAAUUCUAAUGCUCAGAAUUCAGUACAAGUAAACAAUGAUAGGUCAGCUGAAAAACAAAGCUGUUCUAUAGAAGUAGAAAUGUCUAAUACAGCUUUGCAAAUUCCAACCCCUCAGUCUUCAAGCACAUCAAGUUUGAGUGUCAACAAUCUCAUACACCAAACUUGCAUCAUCCACCCUGCUGUCAGCUGUUCAAGUUUACCCUCACCAUCAAACCAAGCUGCUGUUCCAGUGACUCAGUCCAUGCCUGUCAAUUCAUACAUGAAUCAAUCUCCAGGCCAGUCACCAGCACUAAUGACAGAGUAUGCUUCAGAACAGCUGUCUGCUCUUCAAACCAGCACCAUGCAGGCUCCUCUGUUGCGUGAGCCACAGUUGAAGCAGCAGGGCCAGGGAAGCCGCAAAGAAUCAGCUAAGCGUGCAGUUCAAGAUGAUCACCUGCUUUCCUCAUCAAAGAGACAGAAACAGUGCCAAACGGCACCUCUGCAACUGGAAGACAUGGGUCUGCUCCAUCAAACAUCUGAUGAUAUUGUGGAUCAGAAUCAAAUCCUUGUCAAUCAAAUUCCCAACUCUUCCAAUCUUGCAGUGACAGUAAAUAGUCAAGGGCAUACUGAUGGCCAUAGCAGGUUAUUUCCCAGCAGUAAUUUUGUGUCACCUGCUCUGCGGCAAGCUGAAGUUCAGUGUAAUUCUCAGCCUUCUGUCUCAGAUCAGGCAGGGCAGCACUUGCCAACUGUUCAACAUACUCCUGCUCAGAGCCUAGCUCACCUUCAUAGUAACCACCCCUACAUAAAGCAGCAGCAACAACAGCAACAAGCUGGGCAAUUAAGAGAGAGGCAUCAGUUGUAUCAGCUCCAGCAUCACAUUUCUCAUACAGAAACAUCUAUCCACUCUCAAGCCCACAUUACCCACCAGCAAAGAGUAAUGCAUCAAGAAGUACAAAUGCAAAAGAAAAGAACUCUUAUCCAAGCAGCCCACCCCACUACACAUCCUUUACAACAGAAGCAUCAUGGAAAUGACCAGCGGUCAAAGACCAGCCAGCCUCACUCACAUCACUCACAGUUGCAGCAGAUGCAACAGCAUUAUGCUUCUUCCCAGUCUGAGAAGAGCUGCGAGAAUCCUACCACUAACAGGUCUCACCAUAGCCACCCUCAAAGCCACCUGAAUCAAGAUAUUCUGCAUCAGCAGUCACCAGAUGUGGGCAACAGGCAAUCAGGUUCAGGAGUUUCUUCUGAACAUGUGCCAGGACAUAGCCAGAUUCAGAGGCUUAUGACCUCCAGGGCUUUGGAGCAGCAGAUGGUGUCCCAACCCAGUAUUGUCACCAGGCCAUCAGACAUGGCCUGUGUCCCCCAUAGGCAAGAAAGAAAUAGAGUCAGUAGCUACUCUGCUGAGGCACUUAUUGGGAAAUCCCCUUCUAAUUCAGAACAGAGGUUAGGGAUAUCCAUUCAGAGUACGAGGGCCCCAGAGCAUCUUGAAAUGAGAAAUUUCCUGGAUGUGUCUAGGAAUAAAGGGUUGGCAAUCCAUAAUAUGCAGGGUCGAAUGUCUGUAGAACAUACAGUUGGACCAGAUGUUCAAAGGCUUUCUGAAUGCCAAACAUUCAAAACAAAUGGCACGAAUCAACAGUCCACAAGCAAUUUUGAUGUACAGUCCUCAAGAAACAGUGAAAUAGGUAAUUCCAUGCCCACCCUCAGGGCUAUGCAGACACAGGCUUUUCGGAUUGCUCAAAAUGCUGGUUUGCCUUUGGACAGACAGAAGAGGUUGCCGUAUCAGCCAGUUCAGGGCAUUUCAUCAGGAAAUGCUCUUCCUCCUUCAAGGGACAAUGAAAACACAUGCCAUCAAGGCUUCAUGCAGAGUUUACUUGUUCCUCAUCUUGGAGAUCAAUCUAGUGGAAGCCAACGACCCAUUUCAGAGCAUCAAAGAAAUUCACAGUGUGCUUCUGCUUCAAAUGUUGAAUAUAAUUGUUCUCCAGCAAGAGACAGCAUUCACAUUCGAAGAGAAGGUGAUGGGCAGAAUAGGGAAAGCUGUGACAUGACUCUUGUUACUAUUAAUAGUAGGAACAAUUCAUUAAAUAUUCCUUUUUCAAGUUCUGGAGAUAUUCAGGGUCGUAACUCAAGCCCCAAUAUUUCUGCUCAGAAAUCCAAUCCUAUGCGAAUGACAGAGAGUCAUGGAACAAAGGGUCAUAUGAAUGCUCCAGUUUCCAGCAAUGUUCAUGGCAUUAUUCGAUCUCCUCUUCAACAUCCACCAGUCUCUCGUGGGAAUGCUGACCAAGUCCCACCAUCCAUUCGUCAGCCAAAUUCUUCAGCUACUCAGCGAUCAAGGCAUCCUCUGCAGGAUGGCAGUUCUAAAGUACGCCAGCCCGAAAGAAACCGUUCUGGCAAUCAAAGGCAUGGUGGCAUGUUUGAUCCUAGUCUUCCUCACCUUCCUCUGGCUGCUAGCAGCAGUAUGAUCCUUGGACGGCAACAACCUACCCUAGAGAAAAGAAGCAGCAUUGUGAGAUUCAUGUCUGAGGGAGCACAAGUGUCUAAUGAAAGUGCAGUUCCGGAUCAGCAGUCUCUCUCCCAAAACUUUGGAUUCUCUUUUAUUCCUGAGAAUGGAAUGAAUCCCCCAAUAAAUGCCAACACGUCAUUCAUUCCACCUGUGACUCAGUCAAGUGCUACUCGGACACCAGCUCUGAUUCCAGUAGAUCCUCAAAAUACAUUGCCGUCUUUUUAUCCUCCAUAUUCUCCUGCCCAUCCCAGCCUGUCCAAUGACAUUUCACUACCUUACUUUUCAAAUCAAAUGUUUUCUAAUCCAAGCACAGAGAAACCCAGUGGUGGAACUUUAAAUAAUAGGUUUGGGUCUAUCUUAUCUCCUCCCAGACCAGUUGGUUUUGCCCAGCCAAGUUUCCCUCUUUUGACAGACAUGCCCCCAAUGCACAUGGCCAAUUCAUCACACUUGUCCAAUUUUAAUUUGACUUCUUUAUUCCCAGAAAUAGCUACAGCUCUUCCUUCAGAUGGUUCAGCAAUUUCACCUUUGUUGUCAAUAACAAAUACUGCUUCUGACACUUCCAAGCAAUCAUCGAACCGGCCUGCUCAUAACAUAAGCCAUAUACUUGGUCACGAUUGCAGUUCAGCUGUAUGAAAUGUAGAGUUAAAUUGAUGGUAUAUCUGUGCAUAACGCAUUUUGUGCAUAUAUUUGGGGUUGCUACCCAUGAAGCAUCUCUUGUUUGUUAGAGAUAUGUAUCUAACCAACAGGUGCUUCUCAGUUUGCCAUCCCCAUGUUGCUACCUAUGAGUGCCUAUGUCAGUGUUCACUCAUGAAAAUUACAUUUUCAUCUCUCUUCAAAGCACAAACAUCUGGUAGUUCUAGACCAUUGCCACAGUGCCAAUAGCAGCCCUGUGCAAAAUAGGAUCUGUAAAGCAAAAAAAAUUACAUUUUUAUUUUUGGGAUGUAUUUUUUGCAAAGAUUUAGGACUACAGGUGCACCUAUUGGGAACAAAAGUUUUGAGAUCAUUUGAUAGCUUCUUGUAAUUAAAGACUGUCAUAGGCAUCUACUGUAAGGUUGCCUAUAGUACAUCCUUGGUAUAUAUGUACAAAGUCUAAUGCUAUAGCUAAGGAACUAUAAAAAUGUGUAAUGGAAAAGAUUACUUCUCUUUGGAAACAUUUGUUUGAGUGACCUGCUUCAGUGUGAUUUUUAAAACAUCAGCUCCUGCUAACAGUGCUGAAAGUUUAAAAAAGAGAAUAUACACUAGUGGUUUCUCCAUUUCUUUAGACAUGGCAUUCAUUCUUGCUGUCAUUGAUUUACAAGCUGUGAUCUUUCUCAGGUAUCCCAUUUUUGUUUCUUGCUUAGUGCUUUCUUUAGGAGAGAUAUGGGUUUCCUUUACCCCAAAAUUAUCUGUUGUAACACAACAGCUUUUAAUACUAUGCUAGGAAUCUUGAUGUUCAUUCUGUAUGGCAAUACAAAAGGAACAUUACAUGCUUAUUUAAAUGGAUUACUUUGCACUUAAUACCUUCUUUCUAACUCACAGUCUCGAGGGAGAGGGAUGGAAUUCAAGUAUUUGACAAACUGAAAGGAUAUUGAGAUGAGCAGUGAGUGGAGAUUGGGAAUGCCACCUAGAAAAUGAGUAGCUUAAAAACCUACACAUUGCAUAAUGUAAUGUACAAGUGCAUGUUUCUCUUAUGAUUAGUACGAACAUCUGAUUGCUUUAAACUCUGUCUCCAUAGCUAGACUCUCAUGAUGGCAGUCCUUGGCCCAAGCAGUUUCGUUGCUUGAUUUCAAAUUUCUUUGCUUACGUUUCUUCCCUUGUGUUUCCCAGUGAGUAGUCAAAACAUUCAUCUUUGAUCAGGCAGGCUUUGCUUCAUGUCACUUUGUGAUGUUUCAGGAUGAAUCUGCCUUGGAGUAGUGGUUCAGUGAUGAUCUUUGAAGCAUAUCACAUCUGUUAAGGCCAUAUGUUCUAGAACUUUUCUUGAGAAUUUUAUUUUUAAUAAGAAAUCUGAAAUGGCAAACCUAACCAGAAAUAGGAAUCACUUUGUAGGAACUGUGUAUCUUAAAACCUUUUGAUGGCCAAGCUGUUUGGGAGUUAACUUUCCAUUAUUUCCUAUGGUCUAUACGGUAACAGUUUCCAAGGUGUAGAAGACAUGCCUACAAUGCAAAUGUCCAGGAGUACUUCAGAAUUUGGUGAAUUAGCAACAUCUAGACAAGAAUUCUCCAUGGAAGCAGUUAGUGGAGAUAAGCCUGACAUCACUGGGUAGACAGGCUGCACAUAGAACUGUUGAGAACAACCAUGACUUACGUGGAGGGUCUGUGUUGUAAGAGCCAUUUUGCUUAGUAGGGCCAUUUAGUUUAGACUGCUUGGGUAUGUUCCCAAGUGCAUAUUGUAUUAAUGGCUGUCAGAAUUCAUGGUAUAAGAGUUGUAAUAGAGAAAUUUCAUGUUUAUUUUCUCAUGAGAUUGUUUUCAGUGUUGCAUCCUAACUUGUUGCAGCAUAUUUUUAUUGUUUUGUGCAGCCAUUAGCAAAGGGCUUCCUCAUAUUGUGAGAAAAAAUAAGGGAGCAGUCUUUUGGGUGCUUCUCAGCUAUUUUAUGUCAGCCCCAUAUUUUUGUUGUGGAAAGCUCUUCUCAUAGCUAUUUUUAGCAAUAAGAAAACAGUUGGCAGAGGUGAGUCAUGCUUUGUACUUUGUCCAAUAAUGCCAGCCCCUUGAACAAUUAGCACUUGAGUAUUUCUUAUAAAUCAGUGGUUCUCAACCUGUGGGUCCCCAAGUGUUUUGGCCUUCAACUCCCAGAAAUCCUAACAGCUAGUAAACUGGCAGGGAUUUCUGGGAGUUGUAGGCCAAAACAUCUGGGAGGCCACAGGUUGAGAAAUACUGUUAUAAAUCUUCAUACUUGCAACUACAGAAAAGAAAUCUGGUUCAUAUCUGCUAUGUAGUCUAAAGAUAAUUCUGUGACAUCAGUUUACUCAAAUCAGUUUAAUUGACCACAGAAACUCUUUUGGUCAGGACGCUCAAUUUUUUCUUCAUGUUUAACUGUUGCCAUUCGUUAUUGUCCUUAUAUAGAUAUGCUCUUGUUUUUCUUGACUGGAAUUUGUGGUGUAGAAACCAUAAACAUGAUCCAAAAAACCUUAGAAAGGUUAUCCAGUUCAGAGAAUUCCAAUUAUAUCCUCAAUUUCCUCCCUCACCACAUGUACAUGAUGUUUUAAAAUGAUGGACCAAUUUCAAAGCAGUAUAUUUCAUGAUGGUGACAUGUUACAAUUUCAUAAAAAGUUACAAAUGGGUGAAUAAUUAUCAGGUUGUAAAGUUUUAUUAACCUUUUUAUAAAUGCUUUAUGAGCCCUCCAUUUGCUGUACAGAAAACAUCACAACAAUAAUUUAAUUAAUCACAAACACUUCUCAAAGUGUCAUCUUCCAUUGAAGUAACCUCUAGUGUGAUGUAUCUCCACAGGAAAAAGUUGCAGGGUGUAAUGUCUAGAGAUUUUGGGGGACAAGAGUGCCUUAUGUUACAGGGUCACUGUCUUAUGAAUGCCUGAGGCUAGGGGCUGUUUGUGCACUGGGGGAGACAUCUAGCGGUAAUCAUUGGAAACUCCCUGCUCCUUUUCAAGUGGUAAGAGUUUCAUUCUUGGGAAAUUCAUGGUUGCAGAAAUAGUCAGUUUCAUAUCAGGUCCAUCCUUUUAAAUCAUCCUGUACUGUAUAACAUUUUAACUACAUUGCACUAAUGAUUUAGAAGCGAGUGUUUCUAAAUUUCUCUCAGUUCACUUGAAUGGGAAAUGCUCUUUCGAGAGAAUUGCUGUUCAAAUUGUAGGUGAAAUCCCAAGGGUAACAGUUGCAUGUUUCAGGUAAGCAGCUUGAAUAAUCACUUGAACACCUUAUGCAUGUCAGGCUGAUUCCAGAGAAUGUGUUGCCGGAGUGGAUAAAACCCAAUAUUUAAUCUCUCUGUCCUGGCUGCCCACAAAGAAGCUUCACCGUAAUGGGGGUAGACUAGACGGGGAUGGUAGUAUGAGCAGGAACAAGAGAGCAUGCAAAACUUGAUGGAGGCAUGCUGGAUGUGGGGAGAUCCACACUUUGACUUUUUUGGGCAGCCUUCCCGUUCUCUAAACAUCCCAUGUCAUGGCCCACCUUAUACAGCUAAAUCUCCUAAAUCAGUGGUUCUCAACCUCUGGGUCCCCAGAUGUUUUGCCCUUCAACUCUCAGAAAUCAUAACAGCUGGUAAACUGGCUGGGAUUUCUGUGAGUUGUAGGCCAAAACACCUAGGGACCCACAGGUUGAGAACAACGGUUCUAAACCCAGUGGAGGGGGGGAGAGGCUUUUCAGCAGGCCUCCAGCAGCAGGAGUAAAGGUAUUUAUAUAUAUAUAUAUAUAUAUAUAUAAAUAAAAAAAGCAGUGUUUGGAUUAUUUUCUAUGACAGUAUAGAUUUUUUUUCCUUUAAAAAGUCACAAAGGCCAUACAUGCAUCUGCCAUUCUGCUACAUUAUUUGGCCUUAAGAACUGAAGAAAAAUCACAGAUUUCUUGUAGAGAAAUGAUAAUUUUGUGCCUUGUCUGUGCAAUUGCAUUGCCUCCACUGCUAGCUAACAUGUUGAAGCCUUAUAGCUUCACUAUUUUGUCUCCCCUCACCCCACCCCUCAAACACUCAUUAGUUGGAUGUGUUGUGAAUGGUUUCAGGCGUAUUGUUUCCCUUAUGAUAAGGAAUAUCAUUCUCGCAGUGCAGAGUUUCUGAAACUGCUCCUCCAGAUAUUUUGGACUUUUGCUCCCACAGUUUUGAACAGCUGAUAAGAUGUCUGGAUUUUCGGGAGCUGAAGUCCAAAACACUUGGAGGAGUCUUUGAGAAAUACUGUCUCAGUAUCUUGCAUCUUAAGAAUUCAGCUUGUAUGUUUAAAUGAUAAUAGCUAAAUAGAUCCAAGGAAGAGAUUUGACUUGCACCAAUCAGAUGGACAGCCAGAGAAAUACAAGUGAGUAACAUUUUUAGUACUGUAUAUAUUUACAUAAAAGAUGGUUUCUAUGCAAAAAGAUUUUGGACUGCUAAUAUUUCUGUUCAGACCUCCUAUAAAUGGAUUGGAUAUUCCUGGUAUACAGAUGGAAGAGUGGCACUAGGCUUUUAAAUGAUCAUGAAUAAGGAAUAUGUAUCCUCACUCUCUUUUUUUGAUCCAAAAGAACUUCUCAGCUUCUUUGCUUUCGGCUUGAGUCUUCCUUUGCACCAAUGCUGGGACCUCAGACGUUGUUGAGCCCCACUUUCCAUUGUAUCUAGCCAAUUUUGCCCAUGGAAAAAGUAGGUGGUGGCGGAGGCCACAAGGGGGCACCAGACAGAGAAAGAUAGUCCAUUAUACUCAAUUUUCCUGUUAUUCCCCCCACUCAUGUCUGCCAUUGUCGAAACAACAAUUCUGUAUGAUAUGGGAAAGGGGGGAAUAAGCAGCGAAAGUGGGGAAAAUUGUUUUCCUCUUUCAACCCCCCCCCCCUUCCAAUAAAAUUGACUAUUCUUCUCUGUCUAAACCUUUUGGAGUCCACCCAGAUAAUUGAACAGUACUGGUAAAUGUAGUUUAUCAACAGAGUUAACCUGUCAAAAAGGUUAAGGUUUACAACUGGUAGUGGCUGUGAAAUUCUGCAAGGUGAAUUAUAUUAAUCACUUCUCCAACUUUUCUGAUGCUAUGAUUAAGACUAAAUUUUCAGUAUGUGUUAUUUGGCAUACAGGAUUGGGCCACUCUCUGUGAUUUUGUAUUAAAUCUUGCCAGGAUUUUCUGGAGAUACAACUCUUUCCACUUUUGGUUUCUAAAAGAUAUUUUCAGGGUCAGCAUUGCUGGUACUGGUGGUUUUGCUAUUGAGGGAAAUUGGCUUUAGGCGAGGAUUGUAACCCCUCUACCAAGAUGCUUUAGAGAAAAAUGCAAUAUCUUCUGAAAACCCCUACUGAAACCUGCAGGUUCAGCCAUACCAUACUUCAUUAUCUCUUAAAAAAGGUUGCAGAAUGUACUUUACAAAUGGAUUCCUUCCUUAAUUAUAAAGAUGUGUGUGCAUCUUUAUCACAACACGUGACCUAUUGUCUCCUGGUUUUCUAAUCUUAAUAUAGGCCUUCAACUUUGUGGUCUUCCAAAAAAAAUUCCGUUUGGCAAUUAUGUCACACUUCAGAAGAGAACAUGAAACACUGGGAACUUAAUACAUGUAUAAGUCUCAUGGAAUGCCAUAUAGAACUGAGCUGAUCUUGUCUCUAGCAAACCUUGCAAUUAUCAGUUGUAUGUAAAUAUGAAAGCCCUGAAGUUGUAUAGGCCUGUUUCCAUUUCUGCUGGGUACAAGUAGCAGGCACUAUUUUUUAAAUGGAACAGGAUUAGCAAAAUGGGUGCCAUGGAGCAUACUAGUUGAUCCAUUUCUAUCCUGAAGCAGAUGUUUGUCUCCAUAACAUGUUACCAUGUCCAGCAUGAUCUAUAGUUGCCCUUCUUUUGAAUUUAACAAAUGUCUUCUCUGGAUUUGCAUCACAGCUUUUCUGCCGUUCUUCCUGUUAAAACCCAAGCACUGGAUUCUUCAAACACUCAUACAAAAAUAUGUAAUAUUACUAGUCAGAAACAUAAUUUAUUGUAAAUAAGAUUGCAUUCCAUUUAUUUUGACAUCUUUGUAUAACUUCAUGAUAUUAUGUAAAUAGUCACAGUGAUUUUAAUGAAAAUUUCUCAGAUUUUUAUUGUGUAACAUUUUAUUGGAUGUAAACAAUGUAUAGAUGCAAACAAAAUAGUAUUUUAUUUUAAAAAUA